AUGCAUGCAAUCAACAUUUCAAAAACAAAAAAAGUCAAGAGACAAACGGCCAAAAGAGCAAGAAACGCACGGCAGCCGUCACAACCCCGAGGAACCGAUUCCGUCGCCCAUCUGAGAAAAAUCGACGACUCUCUUCUUUUCAACGCACUCUCGUUUCUUAUUUCUCAAAUCGAUCCUCCGCCGUCCUUCCGCCCAAUCUCACCGGAUCCUCCCUCAUUGGACGGUUUUGAGGAUAACUUUCCAUGGAGGGAAUCGGAGGUGCUAAUACAGCUUCUGAAGCAACAUUGGAUCAAUGGAGACAAUAUUCAAGGCUUUUCCAGAUUCUACAUUGUUACCUAUGGACUCGGAAUCUACUUACUCAAUUUGUUGAUUGGGUUUUUGUCCCCUUUGGUUGACCCUGAAGUGGACCCCACAGAUGGUGCCUUGUUACCUACAAAAGGCUCAGAUGAGUUCAAGCCUUUUAUUCGACGCCUCCCUGAGUUUAAAUUCUGGUAUGCCAUUACAAAGGCUUUCAUUAUAUCGAUUAUGAUGACAUUCUUUUCUAUGUUUGAUGUUCCUGUGUUUUGGCCAAUACUACUUUGUUACUGGUUUGUAUUGUUUGCAAUGACAAUGAAGCGCCAAAUCAUGCAUAUGGUUAAAUACAAGUACAUCCCAUUCAGCAUCGGGAAACAGAAAUACAGCGGUAAAAGAUCAUCUUCGGCUGGCGGGUCUCGGGAUUAGUGAAAGAGAUGGUAGUAUUUAUGGAGUUGUUUAGAUUUGAAUGGUUAAUGCGCAUUCGAUGUAAAAGAUAUGAAAAAAAAAAGUAAUGAUGAAUCAUGAAUGAUGAUGUUUUUAAAAUUUCUUAUCUAGUUGUCUAGUCUAGUAAAAUGAAAACAAAUUCUUUUGUCACUUAUAUUAACUUGGUUUAAUCAAUCAAAUUGUUUGUGUUUA